AUGGCGUCGAGUGCACAAGAUGUUUGGAUCAGAAAUGUUGCUGCAUCAUACCAGCAAAGGGUCAAGAAAACGGUUGCAUCCGGCGACGAUAUCAAUACGCCAUUUGCGCGACAGUUGAUUGCGUUAUCCAAAGUCCCAUUGAGAUAUGAAAAUUCCGAGCUACUAGACUAUGCUUUGGAAGUAAUGCCUCUUGGAGAUCUUUAUGCAGCAGCUGAGGAAGCACACGAGAAAGAUAAAUCUUGGGGCCACCAGGAUCAUCUGAUAAAAGAACUGCUGAAAUGGUUUCGCAACUCCUUUUUCACUUGGGUUAAUGCAUUGAAAUGCGAACUCUGCGGAAGCGACUCUGAUGUUGUUGGGAGUGCGCCUCCGACAGAUCAGGAGCAUCGAGAUGGUGCCAAUAGGGUGGAAAUACAUCAGUGCAAGAGUUGCAGGCAUCAGAUGAGGUUCCCUCGAUAUGACGACCCUAAAAUACUCUUGACCUUUAGAAAGGGUCGUUGUGGUGAAUGGGCUAAUUGCUUUGGAUUAUUAUGUCGCGCUCUGGGCUCACGUACAAGAUGGAUUUGGAAUGCUGAGGAUCAUGUGUGGACUGAAGUGUAUUCGGAAGCUCAGAAACGAUGGAUACAUGCCGAUGCAUGCGAAACAGCCUGGGACCAGCCGAAAUUGUACGAACAAGGAUGGGGCAAGAAGAUGUCCUAUGUGAUCGCAUAUUCGGCCGAGGGAGCAAAAGAUGUAACAGCUCGCUAUGUUCGGAACUCUUUACCAAGAACAAAGAUUUCAGAGCAGAAAUUGGGCCAGGUUCUGCAGUAUUAUACAGUCUCCAGAAGGAUGCAUUUAUCCCAAGAGGAGCAGAGAAGCUUAGAGGCAGAUGACAUAAGAGAGGUGAAGGAGCUAGUCCGGUACAUAUAUGGCGAUGCGAAACCGACGUCUUCCGAAGAGAGUAGACCUAGAGAGACUGGCGCAGGAGAAUGGACAAAAGUUCGUGGUGAAGAUGGAACACACUAGAUCCUUGCGUUUCUUCUCUCAAAAAUAAACAAAUAUGUUUUCAUAGCUUUAGAAAAGACCAUCAUUCUCCAUCCUCUUCAGCUCUCUUGAAAAAA